AUGUCAUGUACAAAUCCUGGUAGUUCUAGUAAAAAUGGAGGAUCAAGAAGUGGUGUUUCAAGACGCAUAAAUUCAGUGAUAGAUGGUUCAUUGACAUUUUUUGGAUUUAAUUCUCGUGAAACUACCAUUGAAGAUUGGAAUGAACGCCGACUGAGAUAUAUGAUAAAGCGUUAUGGAAGUAUUAAAGGUGAUCGUUUAUCUGCUCUAACUACACCAGUCCCGUGUGAUUUGUCUGGAUCGUCUUUAAGACAACAAUUUGCGUCAAGUUCAAAUGCUGAACCAUUGAAAAUGAUGACGAAACGUCAAGUAUCUUUUGCUAAUUAUUCACAAGUAUCACCACCUCCAAUUGAACCUCAACGACCAGUAUACUUACGUGAAUUGAGUAAUGUCACAACAUUUAGUCUACCUAUUUCACCCGCUACUCCUGGCGCUCAAAAACCUCAUGCAAUGAAAGUUAUCCUAUCGGCUAUUUGGAAUCCUCGACUUCGUCGAAUGCAGAAAAGAUCAGAAGGAAUUGAAGUGGCCAAUAGUGGAUUGAAUCGUUUUUAUUCCGCGCCAACAGGUCGACCAAUUGCUGCACUAGACACUACUAUCAGUACUCCUACUACUGAUAAUCAAUUAAGUAGUGAUAAGUGGAUAGCUUUAAAAGAUACGAAAGACGAAGAGACACCAUUUCUUGGUGCUGCUGGUGGUGACGGGGUCGGUGGUGAUACAGCAUUGUCUCCUAUUGAUUCUAUUCCUGAUACCAGUAAUAAUGGUAAUGUUAACCAGCGUAAUAUUCUCAUGGGAUUGGAUAAUUUAGUUGAACAAAAACCACCGGAUUAUGAAGCAUUGGUUAGGGAUGUUGGCGUUAGAACUGUUGGCGAUGACGAUGAUGGUGAUGAGGAUGAUGAUGACAAUCGUUUUAUUCCUCAAAGUCCAUUGGUAUCCGACCUAACAGAUCCACUAACAUCUUUUCAACAUUCGAAUAGUUUUGCUUUACGAGAAGUGAUUGGUGAGAAGCGACGUUCACGACCUUGUGUCACAUUGUCAUCAACAAAUAUUCGACCAAGCCCUGUGGUUAUACCUUCGCGUACAAGACGUUUAACUGAAAGCCUGUUAACACCAACCUAUUGGGCAUCAUCAAUAUUUAUUCCCCGCAAAGAUGAUUUCACUGAAGAUAUUUUCCGUAAUAAAACAACUGAUUAUACAGAGUAUAGACCUUAUUUCACCUAUUGGAUAACUUUUGUACACAUAUUUAUAUUUGUGGCUGGUUCAAUCGGUUAUGGAUUUGCACCGAUUGGGUUAGGCAUUGCCACACGCAUAGUUGGCAAGGUGUUAUUGCCCACGUUAACUGUUGAUCAAGUCUGUUGGAUAGAAUAUGAAAAUUUAUGGAUAGGACCAAGGCAGACAGAUUUGAUUCGGCUAGGUGCAAGAUUCCCGCCGUGUAUGCGAUUCGAUCCAGCGCUGCAUUCACGGGUGAUUGAACGUCAAAAGAAAUUUGAUCGUGCAUCUGGUUGUUGUAUUCGUAAUGAUGGCGGUGGUUGUUAUCAAACACAUCGAGAUAUGAUAAUUCCAUUGAAUAAUAAUAAUAAUCUAUCAAGUAUUAUAUAUUCAUUACGUCCAACACGUUUGAUUGGUCGUGCUGGACCUGUAUGUGGAUUGGAUCCAGCAUUUUGUCUUCGACCACGUUCUAGUGGUGCAUUUGCAUGGUCUGAAACAGAUGUUACUAAAUGGCCUAUUUGUGAACUACCCGGUAAUGUGCCUAAUAUGGGUGGUUAUGCACCGCAUAUGGAAUGUCAAGUAACCGGUCAUCCAUGCUGUCUAGGCAUUAAAGGUGAAUGUAUUAUCACUACACAAGAACACUGUGAUUUUGUUCGAGGCUUUUAUUAUCCAACAGCUGCUUUAUGCUCUCAGGUGAAUUGUUUAAAUCAAAUCUGUGGUAUGUCACCUUUUAUAAACAAUGAAUAUCCAAAUCAAAUUUAUCGAAUUUUCACUGCAUUAUUUGUUCAUGCUGGUGUAAUGCAUCUAAUAUUAUCAUUAGGUGUACAAAUGAUAUUUAUGCGUGAUUUAGAAAAAAUGAUUGGAUGGCAUCGUAUUGCAUUAAUUUAUAUAUUAUCCGGGUGUAUUGGAAGCCUGACGUCUGGAAUAUUUUUACCCUAUCAAGUGGAGACUGGACCGACAGCUGCACAAUUCUCACUUCUCGGUGUAUCAUUAGUCGAUUUUAUAUAUUGUUGGCAAUAUUUAACCCAUCCAUGGUAUGCCCUAUUACGUAAUCUUUUUCUAAUUCUUGUCUUAUUCACCUUUGGUCUGCUGCCAUGGAUUGAUAAUUAUGCAAAUGCUGGUAGUUUUCUAUCUGGUAUCUUGCUAUCGUUCAUCCUGUUACCGUUCCGUGGUCUCUUACCAUCUCCAACAUCACAGGCUACAUCGAUUGCUAAUUCUGUAAAUCAAACAACAUUCGAUAGUACUAAUAUCAACAAUAACAAUAGUAGUAAUACACCGGUUAGUGUUACCACUCCAAGUAUUCAACUAUUCAGCUUCAGUUUCAGUGAUAUUCAUCAAAAUAAAAGUCGUAAUCAUUCAUCUUCUUCGCCCAACCAUCUACAUAAUCUUCCACGAUCACCGUCUACCACACCUUAUUAUCAAUAUCAACAUCGGCAAUAUUCUUUACUGCAUUCUUUACAAAUUCAACAUCAUAGGAAACGUCGAUGUCUAGUUAUUAUUUUAUGCUCUGUACUUUGGAUUCUACUAGCGAUUGGUUUGAUUGUCAUUUUUAUCUGGGGGCCUAUUAUUAAUUGUAAGUAUUGCAACUAUUUCACCUGUUUACCGUUGACAUCGAAUAUCUGUGAUAAUUUACAAGUCAAUGUGAAUCAACGAUCUGAUUGUAUCCUACCGAAUUGGAUUUAGUGGGAAAUUCAAUUUUUUUUUUACUUAUUUUUAUUUAUUUAUUUCAUUAUUAUUGUUAUUUUUGUAUUGUUUCCGUUUUUUUGUUAUUGACUAUUGAACAUUGUGUUCAAUGUGUUUUAAUAUACAUAUCUGUUGAAAGCGCCACUUUUGAAAACAUUAAAAAAAACAUAACGCGCUUAUGUAAUUCGUAUACCAACAUUUUACAUGUCUUCUGGGUUUACCGUCUACCGGCUAAGUUAGAUUAUGGGAGGAGUGUGUAGGUCGGGAAUGGAAUCCCUGACCACCUACCUCUGUGUGUGUGUGUGGUUGGAGAGUAGCAGUAUUAUUCUAUCGCUGGACGAUACAACACAAUCCACAUAUCAAAACUGUUUAUCAUUU